AAGCCAUUGGCUCAGAGGAGCUGAUGACGGUGGGAGUGCACGGUUUUCUUCACCUUCUUCCUCACCUCGGAUCAGUGUGGAUGAGGGCGCAGGAUGUGGGGCUGAGGUGCGCCUUUACGCGGUGAACUCUUCCUUCUCCUGACAUCCAUCUGUUUGGAGGCGCAGCAGCGCGCACAGAGAGGCGCGCGCUGGAGACAAAAACACACCAGCUCAGUCAGUCGGUGCAGCGCAGGAGCGGCUGGAGAGUUCUGGACUUCCUCUCCGGGGAAGAAGCGCGGCUGGGUGCAGGUGAAACAAGGACUCUGAAAGCCUGAGGGGUUCUGGGAGGACAGAUCCAAACUUGGAUAUGGCCGCUGUGAAGACGUUCGACCUGCUGCUUGGAGUUGUUUUGUGUUUGCUGUCUGUGUGGAGUGUGGACGUCGAGCUUCCAUCCGGUGAGGGGGUCUUUUACUCGUAUGUGCAGAGGCAAGAUGGAGAUGAGAGCAAUGCGGUGGAGGUGAAGCUGUUCAGUCACCGCUGGAGGAGGUGGCUUCCCCCAAAACCUCAAAACAUGGACAGUAACCGGGCCAGCCAGGAGCACGAUCAGGACCCAGGACCAGAGGAACCCGAAGGUUUUCCAGGUCUACUGUCUGCAGAAGAUACCGACAACAGUUCUCAGAUAGAGGAGGACACGGACCACAACUACUACACAUCAAGAACAUACGGCCCCUCAGACCCUAUGAGCAAAGACUUGUGGGUAAAUAUCGAGCAGAUGGAGAAGGACAAAGUGAAGAUCCAUGGGAUUCUGUCCAACACACACAGACAGGCUGCGCUUGCUCCCUCAGGUUUCAUCUACACUGGUGAUGUCGCUCACCGGCUGCUCACAGCUACACAGUACAUCGCUCCUCUGAUGGCUAACUUUGACCCCAGUGUCUCCAGAAACUCCACCGUCAUUUAUUUCGACAACGGUACAGCUCUGGUGGUUCAGUGGGAUCACGUCCACCUGCAGGACAACUACAACUUGGGAAGCUUCACCUUCCAGGCCACGCUGCACAACACAGGCAGGAUCGUCUUCGCAUACAAAGAGAUCCCCACUGGAAUAUCACAAAUCAGUUCGAUCAACCACCCGGUGAAGGUGGGCCUCUCUGACGCUUUUGUGGUGGUCCACAAGAUCCAGCAAAUACCCAAUGUGAGGCGGAGGACAAUCUAUGAGUACCACCGUGUGGAGCUAACAACAGCGAGGAUCACCAGUUCCACAGCUGUGGAAAUAACACCUUUACCUAUCUGUCUCCAGUUCAACAGCUGUGGUUCCUGCGUCUCCUCGCAGAUUAACUUCAACUGCAGCUGGUGCCAUCAGCUCGACAGAUGUUCCAGUGGUUUUGACCGCCAUCGCCAGGACUGGGUGGAUAACAGCUGCCCUGACGAGACUAAAGACAAACUGUGUGACGCAACUGAUACAACCCAUCAGUACCCGGUCACCGCUAUGAUCAACAAAACAACGCUGAGAGGUAAAGAAGCCUCUGGAGACAGGGACACCGCCUUCACCUUUCAGCCUCCAACCAGUGCUCCCACUGAAGAUGAUACAAAGAUUGCGCUGCAUCUCAGAGACAACCAGGUAAUACCAGCUGACAGCGCAGUCAACAAAAUGGCAGGCACACAUCCUCUGCACACCGGUCUGAUCCUGGGCAUCCUUAUGGUGAUGCUCGUCAUGAUUGCCGCCGUGCUGAUCACCAUCUACGUGCACCAUCAUCCAACUUCUACAGCCAGCCUCUUCCUCAUCGAGAGACGCCCGAGCAGAUGGCCAGCCAUGACAUUUCGCCGAGGAUCAGGUCACCCAGCGUACACAGAGGUGGAGCCGAUGGGCCAGGAGAAGGAGGGCUUCACUGAGUCCGAGCAGUGCUGAGGGGAUGAUCUCGUUCCUGCCACCUUUCAUCCUGCGUGCCCUCCUGCUCAAUGGGGACUUCUCCCAGAAAUCCUUUGACCGAAGCCCAGUGUACACAUUCCCCUUGGUAAAACUCUGGAUUUGGCUUGUUUAGUACUAGGUGUGACUGAAGCCAGGGACCGGAGGAGGCAAGGAAAACCUGAAUACUGAUCCCAGACAAACCCACUAGUCAGCCCCUGUUGGUGAGAAACAGACCCACCAGGGCCAAAAGGAACAUCACUGAUAUCAAUUCAGCUGGAGUAGAUACAGGCUGCCAUGGAGGGACUGUCCUGACUGCCUCGA